GCUCUGGGAAAUCUCUCUGAAGAGACUCUGGAGCGAGGAUUGUUAACCCCAAAGAGCAACGUUUGGAGUUUUGGGAUUGUUCUUCUUGAGUUGCUGACUGGCCGGAAGAAUUUAGACAGUCGGCAUCCAAAAGAGGAGAGGAAUUUAGUGAAGUGGAGCAGGCCUUUCCUAGCUGAUGACGGUAGAUUAUCGCUAAUCAUGGAUCCUCAGUUAAAAGGUCGGUUCCCUGCGAAAGCAGCAAGGACAGUGGCUGAUAUUGCUCAAAGAUGUCUGCAAAAGGAUCCAUCUGGAAGGCCCACCAUGAGAACUAUAGUGGAGCAACUCAAGACUAUACAAGUGAUGAAGUACCCUUCUAGGUUUCCUCUGCAAGAGCCAGGGGCAAUUAGUGUAAAACACAUGUCAAAGUCUCCGAGCUUAAACGGAAUCAUUACACCAGCACCACGGUUAAGCUUCUCCCCGUCACCACCGAUGCACCCUCUAUCUAUUUCUCCCACAAGGACUGCUGCUCCAUUCUUGUCUCUACCUUCAUGUUCCUCCAACCUCUCUAUGGAGGACCUUGAUCGACUGGAAAGCCGGAGGCCAUCAUCUUCAUCUGUUCGGAGAUCUAGUGUUGAAGGAUUUUGA